CUCACACUAGCACUACCAUGUCUGGCUGGGGAUCUUGGCUUAGCGGCUCCUCCGCCUCGCACGAAAAGGCCGGCAGCACGGGCAGCCAAAGCGGUACCGCUGCCGCUCUGGCUCCCAACUUCCAUGCAAUCACUGACACUACUCCACAGGACAAGCUGUAUGGCCCUCUGGAGGCAAAGGAUCUCGAAUGGACGUGCGCCGGUGGAUUUGCAACGGAGACGCAGACGUGGUAUACGAUCCUAAAGGAUGGCAGCUUUGCUACGAGUCAGAUUAUCCACUCGGGAGUCGGAUUGUGGUAUCCUCAGAUUCAGGUCACUUUCAAGUACUUCAACCCCAAGACUGGCCAAAAGGUCUGGAAGUCAGUGAAUGUCACCCACUUCACUACUCCUCCCCCUGACGGGUUCCGUAACAAGUCAAAGUGGGACAAGCGAUCCUCCAAGUCGGACCAGUACUCCGUCCUCUUUGAGACCCUCGCGGACGGCAGCGAGAAGUACACCAUCGAAGCCAACAUGGACUCGGACCUGCAGUUGGCCUACUCUUUCACCCGACCCAAGGAGGCGCAAGGUUGGAAGCUCGGUGCUGGACCUGAAGGGGGAAAGAGCUUGUUCGGGACCAACGCUGCGAGCCCGGAUGGUUAUGUGGUACACCGCUUCUGGCCCACGUCCCACUCCUCUGGCCACUUCAUCAUCAAAGGCCAAGCAAUCGACGCCACCGGUCAAGGAAUGUUCGUCAGCGCCAUUCAGGGCAUGCGACCCAACCUCGUUGCGUCCAAGUGGAACUUCGCCAACUUCCAGUCCGAGGAAGAAGGAGGCGUGCAGGCCAUCAUGAUGGAGUUCACUACCACGAGCGACUAUGGUGCUGCACCGGUGAAAGACGGCGAAGGGAGCCAGGAGAAGGCUGCUGCUGCUGCUGCGAGUGGGAGUGCCACGCCGGGGCCAGCGAGAGAGACGAUGACUGUUACCAUUGGCAGUAUCACUGCUGGCGGCAAAUUGCUCGCCGUUGUUGGCUCGACCCGCAAUGGGGUUCGUUCAUCCCCGCGCGGGUCGUCCACUCGCGUCACCCACCAGGAUCGUACCCUCGACGCCGACACGGGUUACCAGGCUCCCCAGUCCAUCCAAUACGUAUGGGAGGGUCCCGCCCUCGCCUCGCCCUCCGCAGUCGUCAAGGCUAGCACGACGGUCGCGCUCGGCAAGCCUAGCCCGGUGAGCGAGGCAAAGGGACUGGUGGAUAAGGUCGACGUCCUUGCCGAGAUUCCCUACAUGGUGCGCAAGAUUGUCAACUACGUUGCGGGGACAAAGCCGUACAUCUAUCAGACGCUGAACCCCACGACGCUGGAGCUGGAUGAUGGGAGUGGUUCGAAGAAGGAGGUCAAGGGUACUCUCUUUGAGGAGCACACCUUCAUCUCAAGCGUGGCGGCGGAGGAUGCGAGGCAGUAGAGCGCAGGGGGAUCUGGCAUGAUUUGGGUGUGGGCAUCGAUCUGUCUGUUUCUUGGGCUCGUGUGAUAAUUCAUUUCCAUGAUCGUCAGGAUGGAUACAUGGCUUGCUCU